AUGGAGGGAUUCCAGAAUGGUCAGCCGUGUGAGGACAUGCCUGUUAUUUUCAAGGAGCUCCGUAACCAUCGCCCCUACUCCAUCCAGAAUGAAGUUGUAAGUCCAUAUUUUACAAGGAAAGUACUUUUAUGGGGGCUCCUACUUUUUGACGGGGCAUACCUCAAAAAAUCAGAAAAAAUGUGCUGAUCAAGGAUAUAUAAAUCUUAGCUGCCCAUUUUGGGCUUUUAGGGGUGAAAAUGCCCAAAAACUGGCUCAAUUUCCCUACAAAAGGCGCAUGCAUUCGAAACGAUAAAAAGCGCAGUCGGUCUCUUCCUUCGGAAGAGAGCGGUGUGGCCGAGUGGUUAGUGCCGUAGUCUGGGAAUCAAGAGGGGGGACGCCGCACGGGUUCGAUUUCCCUUUUGGGCUGAAUCAACUUUUUUGAAGUUGAAGGUCGGAAAAAUAAAUUUUUGGGCCAAGACUGAUUUAUUACGUCUUAGAAACUCAAUAAACAUCAUUUUAAGCCAAAAUAAAAAUUGUAAACCCGUGAAAAAUUAGGCGAAAAGGGGUUCAUAUAGGACUUUAAGUCAACUUCCGAUUGAGUUUUCACCCCUAAAAACCUAAAAUGGGCAGCUAAGAUUUAUAUAUCCUUGAUCAGCAAAUUUUUUCUGAUUUUUUGAGAUAUGUCCCGUCAAAAAGUAGGAGCCCCCAUAAAAGUACUUUCCUUGUUAGAUUAAGAUUGACUUGAUAUGUUUUGAUGACGUUUUUUGUGCUUUCAGCAGUACCUGUUUGUCCAUCGUGUCGUCUUGUUCUACUUUGUGGAGAGAUACAAGAAGUAUGAUCCCAAUGAUCCCCGCUAUCUCAAAUUCCCUGAUGAAUACAACAAGGCCGUGGCUUGA